CAGCUGGUUGUCAUUUCAGUCGGCUCGGUCCUGAGGAGAAGGACUCAGCCGCGGCUGCGGGACCCGGGCACCGGGAGGCGGUGGCGGCGGCGGCGGUGGCAGCGGCCACAGCGGAGGGGGAAGAGGAGGAAGAAGGAAAGAAAGAGAAGAUCGAGACGGAGCCCGCAGCGACGACCGCGGGGACUGCGGGACUGGGGUAAAGCGGCGGCGGCGGCCCAGCAACCGUGAGGAGAAACAAAAGCCUUCUAAAUUAUAGUUAAAAAAAAAAAGAAAAGAAAAUCCGGGAGAAAAAAAGAGAGAGUGAGCCAAGGGGGGGUGAGGCUUUUUCUCCUUUAGAGUCACUACAGUGGUGGGGUUUUACUUUUUUUUUUUCCUCUUUUUUUUUUUUCUAACCUCUACCCCCCACCCCACCGCCCCCAACACAGCCGGUGCGGAGAAUCGAACUGAGAGAACUGAACAAACCGCCCCUGGGUCCCAUGAGGGAAAAAAACCCCGGAGCCGCAGAGAGGGGAAGAGGCAGAGACCGCAGGACCUCGCAGCUCGCCCGCCCGGUCCCCGCACCCCCGGGCUGCCGGCUGGCCCUCGCCGACUCUCGCUAAGCCUUCCCCCGAUCGCCAGCCUCCCCCUCCCCCCCGAGCGAGAAACACGGGUGUCUGCAACCCGUUUCAUGGGGGAGAGGAGGCCGGGGGGCAGCCCAGGAACACCCCGAGAUCCAGCCGCCCCAGGACCAGGAGCCGCCGACAGCUCCCAGCGACUGUCCGCCCGGGAGUCCCUGCUGACUUCCUCCCCCGCCCCAGAAAGCCCAAUAGAAUCUAUCUUUAUAAAUAUAUAAUAUAUAAUGUUCUUAAAUUAUUCCUGAUCUUUUUUUUUUUUUUUUACCAAGCUGCCAAGAAAAAGAACGUAUUCUCUUCCCCCUUAGUCCUAAUUUUUAUGUGAGUGAAUCUAAACUGUUGGGGAGGACCAUAUGUGAUUAUUAAAUUAUAUAUAUACACAUAUAUAUAUAUUUUUACUCCGCGCAAUGCUUAUUCUUCUACACCCAUAGAUGCUUGAGAAGCUGUGUUUUUGUCAUUCAUGUACAUUUUCCUUUGGAAACAGAAAGCGCCUAUUUUACUAACCAAAGACUUGAUUUUUUUUUUUUACCCUCUCCGUUUUGAUUCCUUCCUAGAAAUAAGCCCAAUUGGAUUCAUGUCAGUGUUUGAAGAGAUUUUUUUUUGAAGUUGUGUGUGUGUGUAUUUUUUUUUUAACUUUUCAGAGACCAGAAUUCCAAAAUCCGAACUCCUUAGGGUGAUAAGCUGCAAUCUUUGAGCUAGCUAUAAAUAAGACAUUUCAGACACAUUUUGCAUUGGGUGGAAGAAGGCGUGAGGCAUCAGAUUGUCUUUUGUGGUGGUGGUUGUGCCUGUUAUUGCUGAGGAGAUUCUGAACCUAAAAAUAAUAAAUGGGGGAUUACGGGUUUGGAGUGCUAGUGCAGAGCAGUACUGGGAAUAAAUCUGCCUUUCCAGUCAGGUUCCAUCCGCACCUGCAGCCCCCACACCAUCACCAAAAUGCCGCCCCCAGCCCCGCUGCUUUUCUAAAUAAUAACACAGCUGCCAACGGCGGCAGUGCUGGCUCAGCUUGGCUCUUUCCUGCCCCAGCUAGCCACAACAUUCAGGAUGAGAUCUUGGGGUCAGAAAAAGGCAAAAGUCAGCAGCAGGAACAGCCAGACCCGUUAGAGAAGCAGCAGCUCUCCCCGAGCCCAGGCCAGGAACCCGGGAUCCUGCCCGAAGCCGAGAAGGCCAAAGCCGAAGAAAGCCAAGGGGACAGUUCUUCGGACAAUGGCAACGGCAAGGAGAAGAUCCGCAUCGAGUCACCAGUGUUGACGGCGUUUGAUUACCAAGAAGCCACGGGCCUGGGCACUUCCACCCAGCCCUUGACAUCCAGUGCGUCUUCCCUCACCGGUUUCAGUAACUGGUCAGCAGCCAUCGCGCCUUCUUCUUCUACAAUCAUCAACGAAGAUGCAAGUUUUUUUCACCAGGGAGGGGUCCCCGCCGCUUCGGCUAAUAACGGUGCUCUGUUGUUUCAGAAUUUCCCCCAUCAUGUGAGCCCGGGCUUCGGAGGCAGCUUCUCCCCUCAGCUCGGGCCUCUGUCCCAGCACCACCCUCACCACCCUCACUUCCAGCACCAUCACGGCCAGCAUCAGCAGCAGAGGAGGUCUCCUGCCAGCCCCCAUCCCCCACCCUUCACGCAUAGAAAUGCUGCUUUUAACCAGCUGCCUCACUUGGCGAAUAAUCUUAACAAACCCCCUUCUCCGUGGAGCAGCUACCAGAGCCCCUCUCCAAGCCCAUCUUCCUCCUGGAGCCCCGGAGGCGGAGGCUACGGGGGCUGGGGAGGCUCCCAAGGCCGGGAUCACCGCCGAGGGCUGAACGGUGGAAUAACACCCCUGAACUCCAUCUCACCUUUGAAGAAGAAUUUUGCAAGCAAUCACAUUCAGCUGCAGAAGUAUGCCCGGCCCAGCUCUGCCUUUGCUCCGAAAUCCUGGAUGGAAGACAGCUUGAACAGGGCUGACAACAUUUUUCCUUUUCCGGAUCGUCCCAGAACAUUUGACAUGCACUCACUUGAGAGUUCGCUCAUUGAUAUAAUGAGAGCUGAAAAUGAUUCCAUUAAAGGUCGUCUAAACUAUUCAUAUCCAGGAUCCGAUAGCUCUCUGCUUGUUAAUGGUCAGUCUUCACUGUUUCCAAUGGAAGAUGGAUUUUUGGAUGAUGGCCGUGGUGAUCAACCUCUUCAUGGUGGCCUGGGCUCACCUCACUGCUUCACUCACCAGAAUGGUGAAAGAGUGGAGCGGUAUUCUCGCAAGGUGUUUGUGGGUGGAUUGCCACCUGACAUUGAUGAAGAUGAGAUAACAGCUAGUUUUCGUCGCUUUGGCCCCUUGAUUGUGGAUUGGCCUCAUAAAGCAGAGAGCAAAUCCUAUUUUCCUCCUAAAGGCUAUGCAUUCCUGCUAUUUCAAGAUGAAAGUUCUGUUCAGGCUCUCAUCGAUGCAUGUAUUGAAGAAGAUGGAAAACUCUACCUGUGUGUAUCAAGUCCCACUAUCAAGGAUAAGCCAGUCCAGAUUCGCCCAUGGAACCUCAGUGACAGUGACUUUGUGAUGGAUGGGUCACAGCCACUCGACCCGCGGAAAACUAUCUUUGUUGGUGGUGUUCCUCGACCCUUACGAGCUGUGGAGCUUGCGAUGAUAAUGGAUCGGCUGUAUGGAGGUGUGUGCUAUGCUGGCAUCGACACCGACCCUGAGCUGAAAUACCCCAAAGGAGCUGGGCGAGUUGCAUUCUCUAACCAACAGAGCUACAUAGCUGCUAUCAGUGCCCGCUUCGUUCAGCUACAGCACGGAGAGAUAGAUAAACGGGUGGAAGUUAAGCCAUAUGUCUUGGAUGAUCAGCUGUGUGAUGAAUGUCAGGGGGCCCGUUGUGGGGGAAAAUUUGCUCCAUUUUUCUGUGCUAACGUUACCUGUCUGCAGUAUUACUGUGAAUAUUGCUGGGCUGCUAUUCAUUCUCGUGCUGGCAGGGAAUUCCACAAGCCCCUCGUGAAGGAAGGCGGUGACCGCCCUCGGCACAUUUCAUUCCGCUGGAACUAAAGGAUACCUAACUACAGUGCUCAUUUUCAGGCCUCAGACUAAGUGCACUCUUCUGUUAAUUCUGACCCCUUCCUCACCUUCUUCACGCGGCAUGUCCUUUUGUAGCAGACUGUAACUUAACAAUAGUAGAAUGAGAAGAAUGACCUAUAAUCGAGGUGUUUUGUAGAUCCUUGUGUCACUGCAACAAUGUGUGUGAACUCCUUUUUCAUAUUGGCAUCAGUUGCACGGAAUGUUAGCCUCUCGUUCUGCAGGAGACCAAGAGGACCCAAACUUCCUGCAACAUUUUCUUAGAGGAGAGAGAGAAUUAUUAAAAGAGAAAUUAAACAAUA